AUGCCAUCGGUCGUCACGCUCUUCGAGGCCUUGGAGUCCCUGGAGCCCGCCUUCGACGACUACGUCUCAGGCCUCCGCGGACAGAGCGGCGACGAGGCGGACAUCUGCAUCGUCGCUGACGUGUUCGUCGCGUGGACGGUGGACGUCGCGCGGCCGCACGGGUGCGCGCACGCGGUCUUCGUCUCCUGCGGCGCGUUCGGGACGGCCAUCGUUCACGCCCUGUGGAGCCACAUGCCGGCGCUGCCCUUCGGCUCCGACGGCUUGCUCCGCCUGCCAGAGUACCCGGACGUGGUGCUCCACCGGUCGCAGCUGUCGCCCGUCUUCCUCCUCCACGCUGGCUUGCGCGACCGGUGGACGGCGUUCUACCAGCGGGCCAAACGGCACGGGUAUCGCACGGACGCGGUGCUCGCCAACACCGUAGAGGAGUUCGAGAGCACGGGGCUGACAAUGAUGCGCCGUGCUGCCGGCAAGAUUAUGAGACUGGAAAUAAACGCGCCCAAGUUAACUUUUAGUGAUAUGGAGAAAUUUCGUAUCUUUCACAAGCAAGCUCAUAUCUUGACGUUGCAGUAG